UACAAAACUGAUUUUAUGUCAACAGAAAGCACAUUAAAUCACAGCGACACGACACAUUCAGACGCAACAGACUCCCUGAGGGAACAACACAUCACCUUCAUGGGGAACAUAAAGAUGCCCUGGAGCUCCCUUUUGCUUCUGGUGGCUUUCCUACAAAAAGUUGGUGGACUAUCCAACACCCAGGUUUGUGACCCAGGUGUGAGUGGCAGCAUUUUCAACUAUGGGGCAAAAACAGUAAAUGGGACUCAAUACAUCCCAUUGUCCCAUUAUGCUGGGAAGCAUGUCCUCAUUGUCAAUGUGGCAACCUACUGAGGACUUACCUACCAGUAUGUGGAACUGAAUGCACUACAUAAGGAGUUACGGGAUGUUGGAUUCACCGUCCUCGGGUUUCCCUGCAAUCAAUUUGGCCAACAGGAGCCUGGAGAAAAUAAUGAAAUUCUUUCUGCAUUAAAGCAUGUCCGUCCAGGCAAUGGAUUUGUUCCAAACUUUCAGUUAUUUGAGAGGGGGGAUGUGAAUGGAAACGACGAACAGGCCCUUUUCACAUUUUUAAAGAAUGCUUGCCCACCUGUAGGAGACAGCUUUGGCAACCCAACCAACAGAUUAUUUUGGGAACCUCUCAUGAUCAAUGACAUCAAGUGGAACUUUGAGAAGUUUCUCGUGGGGCCAGAUGGCAAACCUGUAAUGAGGUGGUUUCCCAGAGUAAAUGUAUCUGAAGUAAGAGCAGACAUCCUGAAAUACUUCAGUCAGUUUGUUCAAAAGGCUAUUUAACUAUAGAACCCAUAAUAGUGGAUUUCAUUUUAUGUUCCUCUAUCUCCCUCCAUCUCCAGUUAAAACCUAUUACUUGUAGCAAGAUAACCUGUGGAGAAGUUAUUAAAUGUUAACCUCUGCAAAUAUGACAAUUUGUUUUUAAUAGUUAUAGCAUUCAACAGGUCAAUGGGUCAGUUUUGGAGAGCGGGCAUGUAAAUGAAGUUAAGGCUUGAAAACAGACACGCUGUGGUGCCUUACCUGAAACUGAGGGCCAGUGAGCAGUUCUUUAGUGCAUUCAGACUGCUCUCCGGAUCCUUUCAGUCACGCCUCAUCUCCUGAACAAUCUGUUGAAACUGUUGCCGCCUAUGUGAAUGUUCAGCAAAUAAAGCUAAAAUGCAAGAAAUUAAA